AUGCCCAUCCCCUUUAAGCAGCUAAUCCGGUUUGAGCGGCGCAAAGCUGAAUCCGCGCACAUCCGGGCGAAAUAUUCUGAUCAUGUCCCUAUAGUAUGCGAGAAAGCCCCAGGGUCAGACGCCUCAGACAUUGAUAAGCCGAAAUUCCUUGUUCCCCUGGAUAUCACCGCUGGCGAGUUUAUGUAUAUUAUUCGCAGGCGUAUGAAUAUAUGUCCAGAGAAGUCUAUAUUCCUCUUCAUUGAUGACGAAAUACCUCAGAACAAUGCCAAGAUGAGUGUCAUCUAUGACGAACAUAAGGACCCGGAUGGAUUCUUAUACAUCACGUACACGGGUGAAAAUACCUUUGGUGCCUGUCUCUAA